GUCCAGUAGCCGAAAGUCGCUGCAGGAGCAUCUCGGAGCGACAAUUGAGAGGAGAAUUGCACCUCAAGGGAUAGGCCCAGGAGAUAUGGAGUCCAAAGAUCAAGGAGUAAAAAAUGUCAACAUGGAGAAUGACCACCAGGAAAAGGAGGAAAAGGAAGAAAAGCCGCAAGAUGCUAACAAAAGGGAGCCGCCAGUGGCCCUGCCUUUGGAAGCUGGCGAAUACUGUGUACCUAGAGGAAGUCGCAGGCGGUUCCGUGUUAGGCAGCCCAUCGUGCACUAUAGAUGGGACCUGAUGCAUAGGGUUGGAGAGCCCCAGGCAAGGAUGAGAGAUGAGAACAUGGAAAGGUUUGGGGAGGAUAUGAGACGGCUCAUGGAGAAGUUGAGGGAAAGGCAGAUGAGCCAUAGUCUGCGGGCAGUUAGCACUGACCCCCCUCACCAUGACCAUCAUGAUGAGUUUUGCCUUAUGCCCUGAAUCCUGAAGUUUUAUCUGAAGAUGAUAUGGGGACCCCUGAUUCCAAAACUUACAUGUUUGUGGUGUACUGUUGUAAAAUUUUUGAUGUUAUUUGUUCCUCCUGGGUCUCCACUUACCGCCAGCUUCUAAUUGAAACUUGUGUUUUUGAUUCAGUCUUAAAAAAUUUUUGUUAGCAGAAUUUAUCUAAUGCAUGGAAAGAAGCUCAUUAUAUAUUGUGGAGCUAAUAAAGCAGAUUUAAAAAGCAA